GCGGUGUAACAACGCCCAUUAGUAUAAUCUUCUACAAUAAAACUGCUAGAAAAUUUUGUGGAAGAUGGCGUUUUCUUUUGCUCUCGCUCUUUUACAUUUCUUUCUUUCCGGUUAGCAGUCAUGCCCUUCCAAAGAUUUGUACAAACUGGUCGCAUUGCGAAAUGCUCGGCUGGUCCCUUGAAGGGACGUCUCGUCGCCAUUGUCGACGUGAUUGACCAAAACAGGGUUCUCGUUGAUGGUCCCUUGACUGGUGUCCCCCGCCAAGAAUACAGAUUGAACAAUCUGCACUUGACCAAGUACCGCAUCAAGUUCCCCUUCACUGCCCCCACACGUGUUGUCCGCAAGGCAUGGACCGAAAGUGACUUGAAGGCCCAAUGGAAAGUUAGUCCCUGGUCCACCAAGGCUCAAAACAUUUGCAAGCGCUCCCAAUUGAACGAUUUCGAUCGCUUCAAGCUGCGUUAUGCCAAGCGUCAACGCAACAAGUUGUUGACCAUUGCCUUCAACGCCUUGAAGAAGCGUACCAAGGAAGAUGGUACCGUCCGUAAACUCAAGAAGGACAAACGUGAUCGCAUUCGCGAAUUGAAGGCUAAGGGUGUCAAGAAGGGCGCUGCCAAGAAGUAAAUUUGAUAAAACAUAUUUACUCUUGACAUAACACACACACAUGUUCUGAAUAGUUAUUUAGUACGUUUUUUUCUUUAAAGACCUAAAGAAAGAAGAUAAUAAACAAAUAUGAUGAAAAAACAAA